AUGUCUGAAAAGGUUCCAGCAUGGAAGAAGCUCGGACUUAAGGUCCAGGAGGCACUCAGCGAGGAUCCUCUUGCAUUAACAACACACUUAGGUGGAGAUAAGCUCACCAAGAAGGAAAGCAAGGCUCUUCGCAAACAACAAGUGAAGAGAAGCCAUCCUGAAGGAGGAGACGAAGAUGGAAAGAAGAAUAAGAGUGUUAAGAGGGUCAAGUUACGGAAGAACGAAAGACCCCCGCCUCCGGUGAAAGACCAAUUGACAUACUUGAAACAAUAUAGUGAGGAUCGGGAGAAUUGGAAGUUCAGUAAGCAGAAACAGAAUUGGAUCUUGAAGAAUAUAAGGAUGGUACCCCAAGAUUACGAGAAGGCAUUGUACAGUUAUUUGGAGGGGUUACAGGGAGGAAGCCGGAAGUGGGUUGUUGAAGACAUGAAGAAAGUGGUGGAGAGAUGGAAUGUUAUUGCUGCAGAAGCUGAACGGAAAGUGCAAGAGAAGCUUCUCCAAGGCAGUGGAUCUAAGAAAGAAGAGGAGGAAGAGGGAGAGGGAGAUAAGGAAGGAGAUAAGAAGAAUUCCAAAGCAAUGCCCGCCCCCAAAGUAUCACCGAAGGAAGAAGAUCCAGAUUACGACUAUGCUGUUAGAUGUAGAGAGAUUGUUCAUAUACUUGAAGGUGAGAAGAUAGUGCUUAAGGGAGUUGAUUCAAUUACAGAGACAGUCACGGAAAAGUUUGAAGAAACAGAUAGCGUUACAGAGACCAUCACAGAGACAGAGACCAUCUCAGAGAAUGCUACAGAGACAGCAGUCCCAUCUAAUUUGAUAGUUGAUCAUGUUGAUAUUGAAGGUGUGCGACUGAAGACCAAGAAGGAGAAGAAGGAGAAGAAGGAGAAGAAGGAGAAGAAGGAGAAGAAGGAAAAGAAGGAGAAAAAGGAGAAGAAACACAAGCCAGAGUAA